AUGACGUCACACGCGGCUUCGUGUAAUUGUGCAAAUUCAUUGCGCAGAAAAAGCCCAUUCGAGUGUAACGCGUGUGGUGCGAUGUUGUGGAGAAAUCUCCUAGGCAAGGGAUUGUGUAAGCCAGCAAGCCUCAUUUUCCCACUGGAAGGGAUUUUUCCACGAAAAUUCACAUUCAGUGGCAGAAGGCACCGCGAGAUGAAGCACCUCUUUGACUUUAGUGACUUCAACGUUUACGAUUCGGAGAUUACAAAUCUCUCCGUUGGAGCCCCGGGGCCUGACCUCCUUGCACAGUGCUGUGAAAUCUUCAAGGAAGCCACUGAGCAUCGUCUUAACUUUGAGAAGGAGAACAACUCCUUCCUCUUCCAGUAUGGCCCAACAUUGGGUAUGAAUGACUUUAGGGAAGAGUUGAGUACCUUCCUGACGCGUGAAUAUGGCUCAGAGGUACAGAAGAAGAGCAUUGUUCUCACAUCGGGUGCUACAAAUGGGCUCCAUCACAUCCUAUCGUGCCUCCUUGACAUGAAUGCUGUGAUCUUUGUCGAUGAGGUCACCUACAUGAUUGCCCUGGAGGCUUUUCAGCAAUUCACCGGAAUGAAAAUCAUUCCUGUCCCCUUUCGCGACGAUGGCGUGGACAUUGGGGAGCUGCGACGUUUGGUGCAACUGCACAAAUUCACCCCACAUCCGGAUAAACUCUUCUGGGGACUCUACUAUGCAAUUCCCACCUUCCAUAAUCCCACCGGUGUUACACUGUCGCGGGAAAAAUGCCAAAAUUUGGUCGCCAUGGCGCGAGAAUUUGAUUUUCUCAUUUCCUGCGAUGACGUCUACAAUCUUCUCUACUACACCGGAGAAUCCCCAAAGAGGCUCUUUGCCUAUGAUAGACAGAGCGAUGAAGGCUACAGAGGACACAUUAUUUCCAAUGGGUCCUUUUCAAAAAUUCUCUCUCCUGGCAUCAGAAUUGGAUGGAUGGAGUGCCCAAAGAGGAUUGUGGAAGUUUUCAGGAAUAGUGGCAUCAUAAAGAGUGGCGGAGCAAUAAACAAUUACACAUCAGGCAUUGUUACGAGUUUACUGCAAUUGGGUUUGGCGAAGAAACAACUCACAACAUACUGUGCUGCCUACAAGGAACGCAUGGAGGCUGUUUGUAAGAUUCUUCGGGAUGAUCUUCCGCCAGAAGUGAAAUUUAUCCCCCCAACUGGUGGCUACUUUGCCUGGCUCACCUUUCCCCCCACCUUCGAUGCUGUGGCCUUCAAUCAAUUCUGCCAGGAGCAUCACAGCGUGAUUGCCAUUGCAGGCCCCAAAUUCUCCCCAAUUCAGGCACACCGGAACUGCCUUCGUAUCUGUGUUGUCUUCCACAGUGUGGACACAAUGCGAAAUGCCACACGCCGGCUCUGUGCUGCCUAUCGUGCUUUUGUGUCUCGAUAAGAUUGUGUGAAGAUCUUUUUUUUUCUUUCGUUCAAAUGCAAACUUUUCACACAUUUUCAAGACGGCAAAAAAUACAGCUAAUUUGUCUCGCACCUCAUCAAUCGCACCUUUUGCUGUCGCCAAUGUGGGAUGCGGGAGCGGGGGGAGAUGAGAGCUGUUUUGACGAAGACUCAAAAGUGAUUAAAGAACCAUCGUGAGCUUAGCAAAAGGUCGUUUUAUCAUCUCUCUGCUAGUCUUCCUUCUCUGUAAUUCCCUGCUUAUCAGAGCCAAGCGCUUAGAAUUUUUUUCAAUUCCCUUCUCCACCCAAAAAAAUAUUCAUUGGUACCCUGAGAGAACAUCCAAAAAUCCCCCAAGUUUCCGCCAAAACAAUUGCUUACAUUCAUGUAAUUACCGUGUAGAGAGAGAGACGUUUCUGCUAUCCAGUCAUUAAGACGAGCGGACGGGGAGUGUGUGGAAAAAACGGGCAAUUGUGGAGCCGAAUGGUCAUUCGAUGGGUACUUCGAGUUGUCUUCGGGCCCCCCAUCUAUCGCUCCAUGGCACUUUGUGGCGAUUAGCACACAAUUCCACGAGCUAGGAGAAUGAAGAGACUCCGCAGAAUGACUUUGACACCAAUGCCCAGACCUCUUGAUAGCCAUACAGGACUGAUAAUAUUUUUUGCAUUUUAUAAAUAUUUGUUAUGGGAAGAGAUCAUUAAGAAAUUGAAAAUUAAUAAAAUAUUCCGAUCUACACUACCCUCAAAAAGUUUUCAGGUGAGCCAAAAAGGUCAAUCGAUUUUCAUCAUUUUCAUAUAUAAAUCACACAAAUCGGUUCUGCACAAAAAAAAUUACGUUAUAAAAGAUUCAACUUGAUGGAUUUGUAUUAAAUUAUUUUUAAAAUUUAGAGAACAUGAGUAGCUACCAUUUGAAUCUGAAUUUAUUCAAAGCGGUCAAGCAAAACCAGAGAUAAAACAACAACAACAACAACACACAUAGCCAUUUGUCCCAUUACUGGGGUUGGCUUCUCACACACAAAUUUUGGCUUUGAUUUUAAUGACCGGCUGUCGACCUGACGUCAACCUCAGAGAGGCACUUUUGUUGCAUUGUGACUUUGUGUUAGGAAUAUUCCUCAUUCAUAAGUUUUUAUCACAAGCAACGGUGCAGAGCAGUCAAUAUCAGUUCAAGAGUUGCCUCUCGUUGUAAUAUUGCACUGGUGGGAACGAGUGGGGGCAUUCCUGACCGAAUGAGAGCUUUUUUCAUAUCUGCAUUACAGCCAAUCGAACACCACCGAGUCUCGAACCCGCCGACCCUCCCAGGGACAGAGCAAACGGACACUGGGACCGUCUGCUUUGCCACUGCUCUACUAGCAAAACCAGAGAUAUAAUCAAAAAUGUAUUUUCUGGAUCGAUUUUCAAAAAUUCACCAGAUUUAGAAAGGGAAUUAAAAUACCUUUCAAAAAAUCAUCUAUUUGCUAAAAUCGGUCCACUAGCGGUCGAUAUGGAAGGGAUUAAAGUGAAAUUUUCAAAAAGUGUAUAGAUUUACCAAAAUGGCUGCCAAAAACUAACGGCUUGACCGAUUUUUAAAAAUCUACCAAUCUUUGAAGACUGAGAUAUGUACCUUUCUAAAACUAGUGGAUUUUUGAAAAUCGCUUUACUACAGCCGGAGUUUAUAGCCACUUUAAAUAUCCUUAAGACUGGAGGAUCGAAGUUUCUAACCUCAAAAGAUUGACCUUCAUUUUCUCUUAAAAGAAAAUAUUUUUCCAAUUUUUCUUUCGACGAUCUUGAAGUAAAAGAACUUCCAAACACACAGAUGUAGAAAUUAUCACGAUAUUUUUAAGAGAUUUUAUUCUAUGACGAUUUAAAAAAUAUCCAGUUGGCCACUGUGGCCAGCAAAAUCCUCCAAGGGUUAAAAAAAACACCAUUUUUGCAUAACCGGAAACUUUUUGAGGGUAGUGUAUACUGUGAGGGAGGAAACAGUUAAAAGAAAUUUCUUUUUGGCAAAAUAUUUCUUUAAAAAUAUCUUUCACUUGCCUAACUGUUGUUAUUUAAGUAGUAUAAAUAAGGUUUAAUUAAAAGCCAUGAAAGGGAGUUUAGAACAAGCUUAGAACGAGUUUAGAAUAUUGCACGAAUUUUAUAUAAAAAAAAAAUUAAGGCAAAAAACUUUUAUUUUCAAGUUUUUUUUUAUUCUAAAAAAGCAAAUUAUAAAAUAAUUAUUUAAUUAAUAAAAUUAUAAUUAAAGUC